CCAACCCGCUCCACGCACGCCUUCACCACCAGAAGGAAAAACCACCGCAAUUCAAAACAAAAAAAAAAGAGAGAGAGAAGGAAAAACCACCAGCGGAGGAGGGCGGAGGGGGAGAGAGAGAUGAGGGAGACGGGAAAAGGGAAAUAAAAAAGAGAGAGACCGAGAGAGGCGAAGCAAGGAGGAGGAGGCUCGGAAUAAUUCCUCGCGGGUGAGGAAUCUCGACGGGUCCGGCCGCGGAGGAGCCCGGCGAGGCGGUGAUCUGGGGGGGCGAUCGGAGGCGCGCGCGCAGAUUUGUGUUUGGGGGCAAGCCAUGAGCAGCGCUACCUCCGGUUGUUAACUAAGCAACCCCCUCUUGUGAAUCGAAAAUGAUGUUGCAGAAGAGGUUGUCCUUAGAGAUGGAGUCGUGCGGUAGAGGCCAAGCUGCUGCGGAGAUACCGCGCGUUCCCAAGUCCGCGAGGGGCAAGAGAUCGGCCCGGAAGAAGGAGGCCCAGAGCCAGAUGACGAUGUCCGCAUUCGACCUUCUCGCGACGGUGGCCGGGAAGCUGCUUGAUGAGGGCGAGGGUUCGCUCGGGAACACGAGCGCCGGUGCCCCGGCCUUGAAUGCGUGCGUGAAGCAGGAGCAGUGUGAUGAGGAAAUGGAGCAUUUCAAGCAUGAUGUGACGGAUCAGGAUAGUUGUAAUGAGAGUGCAAUUCUCCCCCACAUUGUGUUUCAGCUGGUGAAUCAUGCUCGGAAUGACGAUCCAAAGGCGAAGUCUGAAGCCCAGGACAAGGAAUCCUCCAUGAUCAGCUGUACCAAUGCUGAUUUGGGUUGUAAUUUCAGGGCAAUCGCAGAUUCUUGGUCGGCUGAAUCCAUGGAAGCUGGAGCCUUCGCUGGAGAUGCAGCGGCGAGCCUGAUGCCGGCUGCCACAGCGGGAUUUCAUAAGAAUGCACCUGACAUGUAUAAUUUGCUUGAUCCAAUGGAUGUGGACGUGAAGCCUCCUCCUUUGGUCAGCUCUGAAACCACCGGUGAGAUGCCAUUGCAUGGCGAUAAAAUUUGCCGCUCAAUCUCCUUACCAAGGGCCCUGAAGGGUGUCACUGGGUAUGCUGUAGAUAGAGAUGAUGAUGACGAUAAGUCCUCUGGGUGCACUCACCCAAGCACCGCUACUAACAUGGAUUUCAGGCCCAAUUGUACGGCUGAGCAUAGUAGGGUAAGGAAGCUGCUCACUUGUAAGUACAGGAAAGUUGCUCCAGCCAGGAUGCACAAAUCAGAUCUUUCCUAUAGUGAUGUUGAGCGGAAGCCUUCUUUCCGCAACAAGAAAAUGCAUUAUACAGGACAGAGGACACAAAGGAGUACAUUUAAGCGGAGGAAGCUCUUUGAUCAUCAUGCAGUUCUAGCAUCUGAAUUUGGUAGAGCAAAUGGAAAGGGAAACACAAAGGUUACUGGAAGAGACUCCAAUGCUGCUUCUUUUGAAGCAAACAAGGGGACCAAGUCAAUGCCAUUCCAGAAAUCUUGUGCAUCAAAUGAUUGCCAUGUGAAACUUAGAAUUAAGUCUUUCAAGGUGCCUGAACUUCUUGUUGAAAUCCCAGAUAGUGCAACGGUUGGCUCACUAAAGAAAACUGUUCUUGAGGCAGUGAAUGCCAUUCUUGGAGGUGGUCUACGCGUUGGUAUUCUUCACCAUGGAAAGAAAGUCAGAGAUGAUAGUAAAACAUUAAUGCAGGCUGGGAUUGGUCAGGAUGAUAUCCUGGAUAACCUUGGUUUUUCACUUGAACCCAACUGUACGCACAACCCAUCACAAGUCCAACCUCCCGAAGAUAUCAGUUUCAUAGAAGCCAUUGAUAUUACUGAACCCCUCGCAAGGAUUGCGCCUACUGACUCGUCUUCCAAACAUGGUGAAGUCGACGUGUCCCAUGAGCUUGCAUUAACCCCCUUAGCAAUGAACUACCAGGGCAGCGAUCAUGAUUCUGUGCACUCCCCUGGGGGCGUCUCAUCACCUGAUAAAGUUUCCACAAACUCACGAGCUUUAGUUCCAGUUCCAGCUGCAGGCCCCAAUGCAGGGGCUUUAGUUGCAGUGAAUAAGUCAAAGAGGUCACCAGAGCAGGGGCAACGCCGUAUCAGGCGUCCGUUCUCUGUUGCUGAAGUAGAAGCACUUGUGCUUGCAGUUGAAAAGCUUGGGACUGGAAGGUGGCGAGAUGUUAAACUCCGCGCUUUUGACAACGCAAAGCACAGGACAUAUGUUGAUCUUAAGGACAAGUGGAAGACGCUGGUGCACACGGCGAGCAUCUCGCCUCAGCAGCGGCGUGGCGAGCCGGUGCCGCAGGAGCUGCUGGACCGGGUCUUGGCUGCCCAGGCCUACUGGUCCCAGCAGCAGGCCAAGCUCCAGCCUAAGACGCCCCCGCUGACUGAGGCUCGCUUGCUUACCUAAUAACUCAUGAUCCCCGGCUGAUGGCCUCCUCGGAGGCCCUUGCAGCCUUUGUAUAAAGUCAGUAAGUCAGUCAGUCCCUUCACAGGAGGUUUAAGGAAGAUAUUAGAAAAGAAAAAGAAUACAUAUAUAAGGUACAGGAAGCAUUGACCGAUUUGUUGUAAUAUCUACUCACCACUGGUAAUUCUUUAAGCCAGAAUUCUCUCUCCUUGUGAAAUUUAACCAAAAGGAAAGGGUAUUUCUUUGGCAAAUUGUACAUGUUGAUCAUGAUAGAAGAAGAUGAUCCAUGAACUGAGAUCUGCAGUGUCUACUAAUAGCUCACAAUUUAUUUUUAUUUUUUUUUAUUUUUUUUUUUUUGCAAUUGUGGUUUAAGAAACUGAAGGUGCUGCAGGAACAAGCUCCAGCUCCGGCUUCUGAGUUCUGUCGUGAAGUAGUUGUUGCAUCUUACAGAAGCUGUGAGUCCAACAUUUUAGUGUAUCUGGCUUGAAGUGCAGCCUAUCUAUGACUCACUAAUAGAGACGGUCACAAAGCUUCA